AUGUCGAGUUGCCAGAGGGUCGCAGGACCAAUAACCCGGUCAUUGCGUCAGGCGCCGGCCUUUCAGUCUUCUUCAUUUGCCCUGAGCCGCACUUUUACCCAGAGUACAGCCAGGAAAGAUGAGGUGACCACCACGACUACGACCGCACCGCCGGCAUCUGAGCCGAUACCCACUCCGAGCAGCACAAUCGCAAAGUCGGCCGACUCUCAAGCAGCAUCGCAAGAUGCCAGAGAUACUGUUACGAGCUAUUGGGGAGAGAGGAAGCUAGUAAAGCAGGGCCUGCCGCCAAUUGGUUCAAGACGUCGCCGAGCCGCCAUCAAGACUUCGCCAAAUAUUCCCUUCGAGCUGCUGCCGUACCAAUGCUUCCAAGAAGCUCGCAAGAUCCUUCAGGAGGACCGCCAAGAGAAGCUCGAGGCGCUCCAGUCGACACUGGCAUCCAUGAAAAGGCUAGAAGAGACACCAGCGGACAAGCUGCCUGGAGGAGAGACGAAGAAGAACAGGCGCUUGGCCAGUUUACGAGACUAUGUCGAGGAACUCAAAGUUUUGGUCGAUAUCAACGAUCCAAUUGUCAAGCGCAAGUUUGAAGAUGGUCUUGGCGAUUUCGACAAACCCGUCUACCGUCACCUAGCCGAGAAGAAGUGGCGUGGAUAUCCCUUCCGUCUCAUUAAGCAAAGAAUAGAGACCUUGAACAUUGUGCCGGAUGUUCUCCCCAAGUUCGAGCCGACGGUCGACGUGCAAAUGUUCUUCCGCAGGAACAAGGUUGAGCCUGGCGAGAUUCUGGACAGCAGAGUGACAGAGACUCCUCCUCGCUUGAAGGUGCAGGUCUUCAACUCUGGCGAGCGGCUAGUCUCUGUCGUCGUCAUGGACUCGGAUGUCCCCAACGCCGAGACGGACAGCUUCGAACGUCGCUGCCACUAUCUUGCGGCAAACAUCCCCAUCUCUCCCAAUACUCAGUCUCUGCCUCUCGGUCUAGUCAACAAAGAGACAGAGCUGGUAGUACCAUGGCUGCCUGCAUUCUCGCAAAAGGGUGCUCCCUACCACCGUCUGUCCGUAUUCGUGCUCGAGCAGAAGCCAGGCGAGAAGCUAGACCUUGCCAAGCUCAAGGAGCUGUACAGCGGCCGUGAUGGAUUCAGCUUGAAGAGCUACCGUGACAAGUUCGGUCUGAACCCCGUGGGCUUCAACAUCUUCCGUACCGUCUGGGAUGAGGGUACAGCGGGAGUCAUGGAGCGCCAUGGCAUUCCUGGUGCUGACAUUGAGUUCAAGCACAAGCGUGUGUACUCGAUGAAGGGAGAGAGGAAAGCCCGUGGUUGGGAAGUCAAGCGACAAAAGCCCAAGUACAAGAGCUUGUGGAAGUAUACCCACAGAGUUCGUGGAGUGCCUCGUUACAGGGGACGCCGAAAGGACUAG